CGGAUGAAAAUCACGAAGAACGCGAGAUGAGAUUUUCAUGAUGAGAGUGAAAAAUGAAAACUUCCUUGUCUUAGCAAAGGUUUUCGAGCAUUAUAUUUCAAGUGGAGAAGUCAAGACAAUUUUCCAUCACAGAGCCAUGAAAGAUCUCAGAUUUAUUCAGUUCUUUUUUGAGUACAUCCAACAAAAAGAAAAUUACGAACAAUUCAUUUUGACCGAAGAUAGAAAUAUCCUAGAAAGCAAGGAGUCCCGCCGGCACGUCGGUAUGUUGUAUAGUGCAAUAGACCAAGAAGUGCCGAAUGUAGAGCUUGUAACAGCUAUUCUAGCAACAGGUGUUCACGCACGGAUGCCAAUGAAAGAAAAAUGGUGCGAAGCUGAAUUAAAAGCGUCACUGUGCAUGGCCGUGAAAAGAGGAAGUUAUGAUAUUUACAAAAGUCUGAUAAAGACAGGUAUAGAACCACCAGACGAACUGAUGGAAGAAGAACAGUACCUUACGUCAGUGGAUGUCAUGAGAGAUCUACUGAAUAGACGGUACUGGAGCAAUGAACAGAAGGAUAUGGCACUGGUUCGAGCCAGUAGGGGUAUUAGACCCGAAACCCAAGAGAUAGUUACAUUGUUGCUACAAGACAACGUGGCGGUGAACUCCAUCAGAGGCGGCUCUACACCACUAUGUGAGGCAGUCAAGUCAGGCAAACUGAAGACUGUUAUGCUGCUUUUAACCAGUGGGGCCAGUGUUAAUGAUAGAGAUGCCACCCAACAGACACCACUGCAUCACGCUUGUGACUGGAACAAUAUAGAAGUCGUCAAAAUAUUACUGAAGAGAAACGCCGACGUCAAUGCGAAAGAUAGUCUUGGAUUCACGCCGAUGCUUGUCGCGGCCGGAUGGGGAAGGGAGACAAUCAUGGAUUUAUUGUUGACGAAAAAAGUAGACCCUUUUGCAAUGGACGACCAAGAGAAUACAGUUCUACAUAUAUGUGCUGCAAAUGGGAAAGCAAACAUUAUGAACAAACUAAUGACGUCAUUUCCGAAGGAAAUGGAAUCACUUCUUAUUGUUAGGAACAGACACGGCUGGACUCCGCUAGACUUCGCGCUAAGAUGUGGCCAUUUUAACGCUACUAAACUACUUAUACAAGCAGUGUUUCAGGUAAAACCCACGAACUUGAAAACCCAGCCGAGAACCUUUGUUCACACACGUUUCUUUGUCGUGAAACUGGAAGAUUUUAACGUUGAUGAAAAGUAUCAAUACAGAUUUCUCGAUGAGAGUCUAGGUAAAACGUGUUUUCAGAUGCCGCGAUGUAACUGGUUCAUCCAGGCGGGCACUAGAGACGAAUUUGAGGAAGUGAGGUUAUUCUCGAUGAAAUAUGAAAAUAAGCUAAGGCAAUGUCUUGCAAAAUCUUAAAGACAAAAUGAUAAAUAGAGACGAAUUGUAGACUUGUUUCAAUGGAACAUGAAAUCAAAGUAAUGGUAAUGCAUUGUGUUGCAAAUUGUUUUUUUUUUUGCACUUUUCAGCCUAGAGUAGUUUUUAGUCUAUUACCGACUGACAAGAGUUACAGAGGUUGUGAUUUCAGUACAUGAAUGUGUAAUAAAUCAAUAUUCAUAAAGUGUGCUGUACGAUAUUAUGUGAAAAUCAUUGUGUAUAAAUACGUCGCAGUUAUUACCUCAGCGUCAAACGUCAUGUAGAGGCUGAAAAUGAAUAAAAUUUAAUAUCUUGUA